GCUGAGGUUGGGAAGGACCUCUGGCAAUCACCCAUCUGCCCUCUGGCUCAAAGCAGUAGCCUGCAUCAGGUUGCACUGGACCACAUCCAGUCAGGGAUUUUGUUCUCCAGUAGAAUGAGUGCCACAUCAGCCACGAGUUGCCCCUUGCCAUCACUGCUUGUGCCUGAACAAGAGGAGCAAGAGUGUUCUGACAUACAUAUGUCUGUCUUGUGGUAUGCAGGGGAGUUUGCAGUUACUUACUAUGAUACAGAAGAUUGCUCAGUUUACUUCAUGCCUGACACACCUGAUAGUGAAGGCCUCGAGCUGCUGCAAAAAGUGACUGGGGAAGUUCAUCCUAAAUGCAUAGUGACAAGUGCAAAACAGGAUCAGAAUAUUGCCAAUUUCCUGACCAACCUAGCAGACAGUGAUAGCGAUAAAGGAAAAAUAGAAACUGUCCUGUUUCCUAACAUAGAUUUUGGCCUAGAAGUCAGCAAGCAACGAAUUCUAUCUAGACAAUUUCCAUUUAUCCCAUCCCAUAUGACUGCAACAGAAAAAAUUCUUUAUUUGUCCUCAGUCAUCCCUUUUGAGUGCCCACUCAUGAUAAGAGCAUUAGGGGGGCUCCUUAAGUACCUUGACAGGAGAAGGGUUGGAGUUGAACUGGAAGAAAGUGGUAUUGCAGUUCCUGUUUUAGCCUUUAGAAAGUUUGUUCUGUCAGAAACUGUGAAUAUAGACCAAGACACUUACAGUGUUCUACAGAUAUUUAAAAGUGAUAUCCAUCCUUCUGUGUAUAAACUUUCUAGUGGACUAAAAGAAGGAUUCAGUUUAUAUGGGAUUUUAAAUCGCUGUAGGUGCAAACGGGGAGAAAAACUUUUGAGGCUGUGGCUUACACGACCUACUCGGAACUUGACAGAGCUAAACAAACGGCUGGAUGUUAUCCACUUCUUCCUGUUGGCUCAGAACCAUGAAACAGUCCUUACCCUUCAAGAUUGCCUCAGGAAUAUAAAAAAUGUGCCUCUUAUUCUAAAAAGAAUGACUCUAUCCCAUACAAAAGUUAGUGACUGGCAAGCACUCUAUAAGACAGUGUGCAGUGCACUGUGCCUUAGAGACACAUGUCGCUCUCUGCCCCAUAGUAUUGAACUCUUUCAGAUUAUUUCACGCGUCUUCACUGAUGAUCUGCAAUACAUUGCUAGUCUUAUCAGCAAAGUGGUGGACUUUGAAGGCAGCAUCUCUCAAAAUCGCUUCACUGUUAGACCCAAUGUGGAUCCCACCAUUGAUGAAAAGAAGCGAAGGCUAAUGGGUCUGUCAGACUUUCUUACAGAAGUGGCACAAAAAGAACUGGAAACGUUGGACAACCAUAUUCCUUCCUGUUGUGUGAUCUACAUUCCUUUGAUUGGGUUCCUUCUCUCCAUUCCACGGCUACCAAGCAUGGUGGAUAAAAAUGACUUUGAAAUUGAAGGCUUGGACUUCAUGUUCUUGUCAGAGGAUAAACUGCACUACAGAAGUGCUAGAACUAAGGAGCUAGACAGCCUGCUGGGUGACUUGCACUGUGAGAUAAGAGACCAAGAAACACUUAUUAUGCACCAGCUGCAGGCAAAGAUCUUGGAGAGGUCUGAAGUGCUUAACAGCGUGAUUGAGUAUACUGCACACCUGGACGUGCUGUUGGCUUUGACAGUGAUGGCUCGGGAGAACUCCUACUGCCGGCCACGCUUUACUCAGCGCCAUGGCUUCCACAUCAAGGAUGGAAGACAUCCACUGAUGGAACUAUGUGCAAAGACAUUUGUGGCUAAUCCUGUGAACAGUGGUGAGGCUACCAGACGAAUAAAGAUAAUCACUGGGCCCAACUCAUCUGGAAAGAGCGUCUACUUAAAGCAAGUAGGUCUUAUAAUAUUUAUGGGUCUAAUUGGUAGUUAUGUGCCUGCAGCAGAGGCAGAGAUCGGAGCAAUUGAUGGGAUUUACACAAGAAUCCACACUAGGGAAUCAGUUUCUGUAGGACUCUCCACAUUCAUGAUUGAUCUUAACCAGGUUGCCAAAGCAGUAAACAAUGCCACAGAGAGGUCAUUGGUACUUAUUGAUGAGUUUGGCAAAGGGACCAACACACUAGAUGGCCUGGCCCUUCUGGCUGCUGUGCUGAAGUACUGGAUCAAUCAAGGAACCCAGUGUCCGCAGGUCUUUGUGUCCACUAAUUUUCACAGCUUAAUGCAGCUGGAACUUUUGCCUGACACACCUCUUCUAGAAUACCUGACCAUGGAGACUCACCAAGAUGGAGAUGAAUUGGUGUUUUUCUAUCAGAUCAAACAAGGAGUAUCCACUGUUAGUCAUGCUGCCAACAUUGCUGCACUAGCUGGAAUGCCUGCCAAAAUUAUUGAAAGGGGAGUGGAAGUAUCAGAACUGAUUCGGAAUGGAAAAGCUAUCAAACGUAUUGAUCAUCCUUCAAAAGGAGACCAGAUGGAAAAAUGCAAGGCUGUUGUUGAAAAGUUUCUUAGCCUAGACCUUGAUGAUCCUAAUGUGAACUUAGAAGAGUUCAUGCAUAAAGAGGUGUUGCCCUCUGCAGCCUCAAUUCUAUAGCAUGGCUAUGUCUAAAAGCAUAUAUUACAAGGUAUCUGCCACGUUCGAUAGGGUGGCUUGGUAAUUUCAACAAUAAAGACUAUGACUAAUGCCUCACACUACAUUUCACUUUUAAAAAUUGUCUAUAAUGUAUGUCAUUUCUUAUUCUUGUUUAAAAUCAGUAUGGUAGUUGUAUAUCCCUGUAUGGUGCAUGAUAUGAAAGCAGGAAGACUUGAAAGAGGAGAGAACCUAUUCCAGCUGUUGGAUCGUGCAUUUUGAGCCCCUAUUGUUAGAUUCUCAGACUGAAAAAAUACUGUAGAAAAAUCAAAAUAGUUCUGCUGGUCUCAUGGCACUAUAAAAACAAAGUGUUGAUUGUUUUGUUGAAAUAAUCAUUUCAGUCAUUUUAGGAUCAUCAUCAAAGGAUCACAUGUAAGUAUGUGCUUUGGACUCCCAGAUCAACAGAUCACUUUGUUACAGUACAAACCACUAAAGUAGACACUGCUUAAUGGAAAUAUAGAGGGAUUUAAUGAGCUCUGUGACAUUUAAUAAAGCUGCAUUUCUGGCCAUAAAGGCAGAGAGAUUCCAAAAGCUGAUAUAAAAAGAAUGGGAGUCAGAAUCAGUGGGGUCUAACUAGAGGGGAAACGCUUUGGUUUUAUCAAUAAUCACUCUCUUAAGGUCCUGCAGAGUAAGAGUACAUAACUAUGCUUUGUGAGUACAAAAACAAAAUUACAAGUCCAGGAAAUGGUAAACUAUACUAGGCAUAUAAGGCAGGAAAAACCAGCAUUUUUUUCAACUAUUCAACUAAACUUAAAAGAUUAAUACCAGAGCAAAGGAGUCCGUUUCACUUCUGUCAGUGCCAGGGAUCAACUCUGAACCCAGCAUUUGAUCACUGAGUAUGCAACACAUAUACAUGAACAAGUGAAUAAAGAGGAGGCAUGAUAUGUAACUACCACAGAAGUAAUAACCUUCUCUGCAAGAGCAUAAGUGCCUUAUCUAAGUUAUCUAAGACAGAAAAGAUAUGAGAUAACUGAUUGUCUGUAACCGCUAACAGUAUUGCUAAUCAGAGAGAAUCAGCAGAUACACUGGAUCUCUCUUCAGCUCUACUUGAUUUCAGGAAGCCGAGAUUCCACUAUCACUAAUCCAAGAGAAAAAAAUUAUAUGAGAAAAAAAAAAAAAAGUUAUAUUCAUAAUUACUAACAUUUAGAUACUUGACAUAGAUACUAAACAUUUUAUCUGUUUGGUAUGUUUUACUGACGACAGCAAGAAGGUGAACGUGAGUGUCCACCAAAAAGAUCUGAAAUUAGAGACAGUUCAGUGCAGGCUCAGUGCAGAAUGUCCUCCUUUUAUGAUGUGCAUUUAUGACACUACAAAAAAAGUAACUUUUAUUAUCUAUAAUGAAAACAGGAUAGUGACAAAAGUUUAACAUAAACUACGUUAAAAAUACAAGAGUAAAUGACCAAACUCUGCAGUUUUGCUGCUAUUUUCAGUGUAAUAAUACUGCCUGCAAAAUAAUAUCUAACAUCUUGGGGAUAUUACCACUGAAGUUGAAUGACAGCAGUGAACAGGCCAUGUACUACACUUACAAGUGUUGUUUACAGAUUUUUCUCACAAAUAUAUUCUCUUUUAUUAAUUAUACAUACUGCAUUCUAAAUAUGUGCUGCAUAGAGUUAUAUGUCAAAUAUUCUUAAAUUAUACUUUUGGAAUACUUUCUUGUCAACCUAUGCCUGGACUAAGAAUAUACAGCUUUUUAAUUAAGCAGAUGCUAUCUGAGCAGUGUAAUUGCCAGUCAUCUAACAAAACCCAUUUCAUCACAUUAGCA